GUUGUAUCUUUACCCUAAGCCCCGGGUUCUCCCUAUUAGGAGUAGACAACUGAUACCAUUCUCCCUGCCAGGAGUAGACAAUGGACACCAAUGGACCUCUGGUUGGAUACAGCGGAUGUCAGAGUCUGCGCACGCCUGGAGCGCCCUCUUCAUCUUAUGGUCAACUAUCACGUUAGACGUAAUACCGAAGAAACAGUAAACAACGCCCGAGUUAUAGAAUGUCUGAUUCUGAGUCCUUCAGGUCGUGCUCCAGCGAGGGCAGUGAUGAGGGAAAGAGUUAUGGUGACUCCCAGCCGGGAGUGGGCAUUCAGCCCUUUGAUGUGUCCGUAUUGGAUCAAGCCACCCAUAGGAGAAGGGUCAGGAUGGGAGAACCUGGCCAGGAAGGACCUGUGGUGGAUUCUACAGUAUUGCUGGAGGUACCAGCAAUACUAGAAGUAAGUGUGUCAGGAGGACAGGAGGUACCUGUUCGAGUACAGGGUACUCCAGAGGAGACACAGGAUGAGGUACCACAGGAACUGGUGGUCGAGGCUGUGGAGCAGUCAGCUCCAGUAGCAGCCAAGGUAAGUGUCUCAGGAGAACAGGAGGUACCUGUUCUGGUUGAUGGCCUGCAGACACUUGCCAUCUCAGAAGAGACUCCAGAGGAGACAGAAGAGCCAGAGGUGCAGGGGGAAGUGCCUACAGCACACGGUGAGGAGCAGUCUGCUUCAGUGCCUGCCAGCACGGACCCCAUGGCUUUCAAGAGAGAGAUACCCGAUGCAUGGAGGGGCAGGGAGUCACAAGUAUGGACAGGCCCCAUAAGUGGGUAUAAGGAGAGGACCUGGAGGGUGAGUGCCAGGGACGUUGCUUGUCCAGUUCCUGGAUGUCCCGUGAUAUCAAGGCAGAUGCGGGAGCACGCAUUGGGGGAUCAUGUGUCCCCAAUGUUUGAGUCCAACUUCAACAGGGAAGUGAUGUCAAAUCAAGGCUUCCACCAGUUCAGGGGCCACAUGGUGAUCAUGUUGGCCAGGUGGCUCACUGGCCGAGAAGACGUAACCUCUGCAGAGUUUGUCUCCUGGUUGCAGGAGAGAGCAGCCAUUCCAAGCGGUAUCAAGAUCCAAGGAGUGGACAUGCCACCACUGAGAGCCGUUUGUCAGCAGAUGAAUUGGCAGAAAUGCAGUGUGUAUUCCCUGCAUCCCAUCACCAGCCCGGUAGUGAUACUAUAUUGGAGGGUGAUAUUAGGUGUGCUUAGGUACCUAAGCCCAGCACACAGAGCCUGCGUCGCUCUAGAUGAGUACCAGGGAGAUAACGGUCCGACAUAUGACAUCCUAUGUCAGGCAAACUCCAGAUUCUGCCAGGUGGCAGAGCCCGUCGUGGCUCAGUCCACAACCAUAGUGCCAGCGACAGAGACUAGCUCUGUGGAUGUCCCACAAGUGACACAGCCAGUGCAGCCAGUGCCCCAGAGGGAGGAGGAAGAGAGGGUCACUCCACCAGUGGAGGAGCCAGUAGCCAUGGCAACCAAGCCAGACGAAUCAUUGGUGAUUCUAGUGUACCACAACACUAGGAAGUUGGUUGGGGUAACAUCUGUUGCUAAUGCUGUUGCCCAGGCUAGGGAGGUGUUUGACCUGGAAGACCAGGAGGUCGUGCUGACCUACCUGGGAGCUGAGUUAACCAGAUCCGUCAGGAUGGAGUUGCUGCCAGCCAUGGCAGAACUCGUGGUCACAGUCAAAUGA